AUGACGGCGCAUGACGUCAGCGCGGCCCCGGACGCCUCCAUCUCCUGGCCGCCCCCCGGCGGCGUCGCCGUGCCGCGCGACGCCUACCUCAUCCUGCACGGCGCCCACGAUGGCCCCCGCAUGGGCAACCCCUCCCCGCCCGCCCGCGUGGCCGCCGGGCCGCCGCUGUCACUGGCGGCCGGCGCCAGCACCGGCGGCGGCGGGAUGCGGAGGCUGUUGCAGGGCCCUCCGACCGUGGAUGACGACGACGCCGCCCGGGAGCACGGCAGCGCGCCGCCGAUCACAACCUUGGACUUCGGAUUCGCGCGCGCGUUGUUUGCGAUCACCCACGACGACAAGGCGGCCGGCGGGCUGGUGGAGUCGGAGCUGGUGCUGCCGCCGCCAGAAUUUGCGGAAAUCAAGCGGCGCCGCGCCAACAAGACAGACUUUGAAAUCAACCUGCAGGGCUCUGUGGCCUCGUUCCAAGGCACGAGGUUCCUGGACGAUCUGGGAUCGCGGCUGCUCGUCGAUUACCUCGACUGCUACCUGCUCACCGCCUACGACGUCGUGCUAACCUCGGACCCCGCCGCGCUGCCGCCGGAUUACAACUGGCCGGCGCCCGGCGCCCCGCUGCGGCGCGGGAGCUUUGCGGGCGGCGGCGGAGGAGGGGGAGGGCUGUCGCGGCAGGGGCAGCAGGCGCUGAUAGGGACGCUCACGGCGGCGGCCGCGGUCGCGCUGGUGCUGUUGGGUUUGGUCCUGUGGUCGGCGGCGGCGGCGCGGCGGCGGCGUGAGGUGGAGGGGCGCGGGGAGGGCGCUUCAAAGGGGUUCGCUGGCGCUCGCUUCGCGCGGCGCGGCGCAGAGGGGCCUCCCGGCACGGAGCCGCCCGCGGCGGCCGGCAAGGGCGGCGCCGCCGCGGCCGCCGGCGUGCUCUGCAGCAACCUCAGCAGCCCCCCCGCCAGCCGCAGCGCGAGCGACGCCACGGCGGCGCGGGGCGGCGGCGGCGGCGGCGCGGGGCGGCGCAGCGAGGACUCUGCCGUGCUCGGCGCGGGGGACGGGGACGGCGGCGGCGGCGGCGGCGCGGGCACGUCCCUCCGGUGGAAGCAGCUGCUGAUGGCCAUCAACACACGGGUGACAGACAUCCACGCCAAGCGCCUCGCCGCGGGCCUGCCGGCACCGCCGUCGGACCGCUCGCGCUCGGCGGACGACCUGCCCGUGCCUGCAGAGCUCAUGUCCCGCGGCGCCUCGGGCGCCUCGGCCGCGACCGCGGCGGCGGCUGCAGCGGCGGCGGAUGUGCAGCGCGGCGCGGCGGAGGACGCCGCCGCCGCAGAGCGUGGCGCCGUCGCCGCCGUCGCGCCGAGCGGCGAGAGCGGGACCGUGAAGCGCAGCGCGAGCAGCCACCGCAGUGUGCUGACGAGCUCGGGGUCGUCCAGCAUGCGCACGGCGCCGCGGCACGGGCAGCCGCAGCAGCUGCAGCUGCUGGGGGCGCUCGGGUCCGGCACUUUCGGUACCGUCUUCCGCGCCAGGUGGCGCGGCGCUGAGGUGGCAGUCAAGCUGGUGCGCCUGCCGGCCGCAACUGGCGCGGCGGAGCAGGGCGGCGGCGGCGGCGGCGGGGAGGGUGCGCAGCAGGCGGCGUUUGCGCGCGCGCGGGAGAGCAUGGCAGUCCAAGAGGCGGCGAUCAGCUCGACGAUGACUCAUCCCAACAUCGUGGCGCUCUACUGCAUCGGCCUGCGGCCCAUCAACGCGCCCGACGGCGGCGGCGCGGCGGCUGCGGGCGACGCGGCCGCGGCGGAGGGUGGCGACGGCACGAGCGGCGAGCGCGUGCGGCCGGAAGACGCGAGCGGCGGCAGCGGCGGCGGCGGGAGCGGCGCCGGAGGCGGCGCGGUGGUGCUCGCCUGGGAGCUGCAGCUGAUCAUGGAGCACUGCGACCAGGGCACGCUGCGGCAGGCACUGGAUGAGGGCCGGCUGCGCGACGUGACGACGGGGCUGACGUCGCUGCCGCUGGCGCUGGCCAUCGCGCACGGCGUGGCGUCUGCCAUGGAGUACUUGCAUGAAGAGUCUGUGCUACACGGCGACCUCAAGGCCAGCAACGUUCUCCUCAAGUCCCAGGGCGGCGCCGGCGGCGCGGGCCCCGCCGUCAGCAUGCUCGACUACGACCCCGGCUGCCUCAUCGCCAAGGUCUCCGAUUUCGGGCUGGCGCGCGCCAUAGACCCCGCCGCGACCCACGUGUCGGCGUGCCACGCGGGCACGCUGACGCACAUGAGCCCCGAGCUGCUGCUGGAGGGGCGGGCGUCAAAGGCGUCUGACGUGUACGCGUUUGGGAUGCUGCUGUGGGAGCUGGUCACCGCGGGCCGCGCCUUCUCGACCGUCCCCAAGCCCCUCGUCGGCCACGCCAUCGUGCAGCAGCGGCUGCGCCCGGCGUGGCCGCCGCCGGUGGUGGGGCCCGCGUGGGCGCGGCUGCGCCAGCUGGCGGAGCUCAGCUGGGCGCACGACGCGGCGGCCAGGCGUUCCCAGGCCAGCAGCACCCGAGUCUCGCGCCUCACCCUCCACCCCUGCUGA